GCUGCUUCUGGAAGCUGGAGCUGAUAUUGACGCUCAGGGGAGCUUGGGCUACACAGCAUUGGCGGCAGCGGUUGAAGAGAAUCAGCUGUCGGUUGUCAAAUUCCUUUUGGAAGCCGGGGCAGACACAGAAAUUCGAACCAAGGACAAGGAUACACCCCUCACUGUGGCGAUAUUCAGUCGCAAUGGUGUUCCCAUGGUAAAGGCGCUAUUGGACGCUGGAGCGAAGGUGGAUGGCAGGCGGGUAGCACGGUGGACUCCCCUCAUCACUGCCGCCCACCUCGGCGACGCACCGGUGUGCAGGCUGCUCAUUGACCGGGGAGCUGAUGUAAAUGCCAGAGGAUUGAUUGGAUCCACGCCUUUAAUCGGUGCCGCUUUCUCUGGCAACGUGGAGGUCAUUGAGAUGGUUCUCGACGCAGGGGCGGCAAUGGAAGACAAGACUUUCGCCAACGGCAACACGGCGCUCCUGACCGCCGCGUGGGUGGGCAACACGGCGGCCGUCCGCAAACUCAUCGAGCGGGGCGCAGACGUUUUCGCGCUGGACAACUUUGAGCGGACGGGGCUGCACCGGGCCGCCGAAUUUCCGGGCAACAAAGACAUCCUGGAGAUAUUUCUCAAUGAAGGCAUCGACAUUGAUGCAAAGGGACAAUUUGGCACCACAGCUUUGGAUCACGCUGCAAAUUACGGCAACGUGGGCAAUGUCAAGUUUCUUUUGAAUAAGGGCGCAGAUGCCUCUCUAAAUGGAAUUCCCAUUUGCGGCUGUCUGGAUGUGGAGCCAAAUUCGCUUUUCCUGCCGUGCCCCGCAGGAAACUGCGAACCAUCAGCUGUUGAAGAGCUCAAAGGCAUCUUUUCGGAAAAUAACGAAGCGAAUCUGCACGACGCCACGAUCUCCGGGGACCUUGAGGCGGUGCGGGCGCUCAUCGACGGCGGCGCAGACGUCAACGCCAAGGACUUCCAAGGAAGCACUCCGCUGCUGCUGGCGGCCAUCCGCGGUCUUGACGACAUCGCCGCGGCCCUCCUGGAGGCCGGUGCCGCCGUGGACGCCGCGGGGGCGGAGGGCGACACGCCGCUGUUUCUGGCGUCCCUUUUCGGGCACACAGACGUGGUGCGAAGGCUGGUGGCCGCCGGGGCGGAUGUGGAGGCGCGGUCGGAAGACGGAUACACAACUCUCCACGCCGCUGCUGAGGGGGGCAACGUAGAAGUCGUCAACAUCCUCUUGGCCGAGGGAGCGGACAUCAACGCACGCAGUUACAAGUCAGGUAUGACGGCUCUCUUUGUGGCGGCAGCCGGGAACCAAGUCGAUGUUGUUCGUCUGCUGCUGGACUCCGGUGCCGACCCCACCAUCGCCAAUGACGAGGGAAGCACACCGCUGGACAUUGCGGCGGGCAGCAUAGGGACGGAAGACGUGAUGGACCUGCUCAUUGCAGAGGGGCUGGACGUCAAUCAGGAGACCGGCAACGGCACCACUCCCAUCGAGCGCGCCGCUUACUUCGGCAACGUCGACGGCGUCAAGUACCUUCUGUCAAAGGGCGCCGACCCCUCCAUAGGCUCUGGCGACGGCGCCCUGGACGAGCCCUGCGGCUGCGUCCUGGACGGCGGCCAGACGGGCUUCAUCCCAUGCCCGCUGCAAGCCUCCUGCUCAACGAAGCAGGAGAUCGAGGAGAUCGCCCAGUUGAUGGGUCGCGACGUGAGCGGGAUGCCUCUCCGGCCUCCCGAGCCGCCGGGGCCGCCCACGGCGCCGCCGCUGACGAUUGCGGCAGCGGGGGACCUGGACUGCAACAGCCUGCCCACGGUGCUGGAGAGGCUGGAGUGCGCAGCGUCGGUGGUGGAGUCCUGA